AUGGUCCAAAACCCAGUUCGAGCAAGAUGCUGUGGAUUUGGUGAGAAAGACAGACGACCCAUUGAUCCUCCACCUAUUCUACAACUGUUUAUUGAACGACCAGAUGGCACAUUGCAAAAUGCACAUGACGAUGAUAGCAACAUUUCUCUGUUUGUUGUCCAAUGCGAUCUCUACUCAGAAGACGGCAAAGAACCUAGGGGCCAAGUCUAUAAUCCAUCGUCUGCAGCACCGACAUCUGCCUCCCCUGCGACUGAUUCAAAACCAACGAUUGGCACAUUGCUUUCAUUUCAAGAUCCUGCGCCAACCAGAUCACUGAUGGGUGCUGUUGUGUCAAAUGCCUACCAACUGACAGAUCACAAUAAUGAGCCUGGCAUCUUUUUCAUAUUUCAAGAUUUAUCCGUUCGUAUUGAAGGGACCUUCUGCCUGAACUUUAUGUUUAUAAAUUUAUCCGCAGGGGACCCUCUCACAAUGAGCACAGAAGUGUCUGACGAUGUCUUGUCAAAGCCUUUUACAGUAUAUUCCGCCAAAAACUUUCCUGGCAUGACAGACUCAACACCCAUAUCUCAAUCUUUUGCUCAACAGGGUAUCAAAAUCUCCAUAAGAAAAGUUGAUCAUCAUCGUGCUAUAGACAGUAAAAACGACAAUGAGGGACAUGAUAAAGAUGCUGAGAAAAGGCAGCAAUCUUCUUCAGCUUCUGCGUCAGCUUCUUUGCUUACAACUACUGAUAGUGGGAGCAGUAGUAGUAGCAAUAGCAAACCAAACUAUAGACGUAUCCAUAUAUCCUCCUUCCUAUCACCGCCUUGA